CCUGAGAGCCACUCCGGGCUGGGAAAACAAGGGACGGAGGGUGCGAAGUGAGCGAGCCAAAAAUACACGCAGACACCCAUCUAUACACGCAUCACCUAGACUACCUGCUCCAGCUCGGCAACGGCUAGCAGGGACGCGCGCAAGUGCCGGGCAAGCGCGUUCAUGCGUUCCAAACCGAGGCAAGGCAAUUAAAGGACGUCGAGAAGCUAAGAAUGAGAGUUUACUCUUUGGCGGAGAGAACAGUCUAAACAAAAAAAAAAGAAAAACAAAGAGGAGACAUGCAUCUCAACAGGGAGGAAGAGAGCAGCAAAGGUUCAGUGUCGCUCAGUGUAUUCCUGGUGUCUUUGGCAUUCUUAGUAUGUGCCCUUUGGCUAGUUGCUCUAUGUGGUGUCUGCACCUGGUGCCAACGUAAACUGGGGAAGAGGAAUAAACCUGGGGUGGAAGCUGCCAACUCUCCGGAGUCUGUGAGAGGUCGAGGGGAAAAUAAAGCCAUCAAUGAACUAGACAGAGACUUUUGGAAUAACAAUGACAGCAGCAAUGUGCAACAGAGGUGGAGCUCCUACCCACCUAAGGAGUUUCUUUUAAACAUGUCUCCCUACGCCCCCUACGGAGACCCUCGACUAACACCCAAUGGGGCUGUGGAUAGGUGUGGGCAGGGCGGAGCUGGACCCUCGCCGGGGGCCGGUGACAGCGGGGUCGGUGCUUGCGCUGGGGCAGGGGCAGGGCCCAGUCGCAGUGACAGCGUUCGGAGCAUGGUGACUGGGGGAAGCAAGGCUGGGCGCUGGCAGACGAUCCAGAGCCACAUGCACGCAGGAGGCCUGCGGUUUAGCAAUUUUGGGGACACUUCCCUCUCAACUACGUCCACACUGGAGCACAUCCCGUCUUCGGCUGUGGCGCGACCCCGGCCCCUGGUCCGGCAGCAGAGCCUCCAACAGCCCCUCACUCACCAGCCCCCUCCGGGUCCUAACGACCCCCCUGUGACCUCGCAAAGCCUGGGCCAGCUGCACACAGGCCCAGGUGGCGGGGGCCACCGUGGAGGACCACGAGGGGUCCGGGGGAGUACGGCCGGAGCCUCCCGGUACAGAGGGGCAGGGGCGGGCCGGUCAAGGUCGAAUCCGGGAAGCUGGGACCAUAUGAUGGAACAGAUCCGCCACAGGGGGCUGGACGUCAAGUCGUUCUUCGAGGGAAAGAUGGUUGUUCUGUCUCUCGCGAUCGGACUGGCCGAACAGGACGACUUCGCCAACCUGCCUGACCUACAGGAAGCCCCGGCUAGCAAAGAGAACGAAACCACGCCAGAGAAGCGGACCCCGGGUAACAAACCAGGGAGCAGUCCCAGAGGUCACACCCCAGACGAGAGCGGACGCCGCCACGACGCCAACUCAUCCGUGUCUGACUUGGCCAACUCGGUCACCAGUGAAAUGCUCAUGUUGUCUCCAGGCUCAGAAGAAGACGAACACGAGGGUGCGGUGUGUGAGAAGUUGGGUCGCAUUCAAUUCAGCGUUGGCUACAGCUUCCAGGACUCCACCCUCACUGUCAAAAUUCUUAAGGGCCAGGAUUUGCCCGCAAAGGACUUCUCCGGCACUUCGGAUCCGUUUGUCAAACUCUACCUGCUGCCUGACAAGAAGCACAAACUGGAGACCAAAGUCAAGAGGAAGAAUCUGAACCCCCACUGGAAUGAGACCUUUCUGUUUGAAGGUUUCCCCUUUGAGAAGGUGGUCCAGAGAACUCUGUACCUGCAGGUGCUCGAUUAUGACCGCUUCAGCAGGAACGACCCCAUUGGAGAGGUCUCCAUUCCACUCAACAAAUUAGAUCUGGCCAAUAUGCAGACUUUCUGGAAGGAGCUGAAACCAUGCAGCGAUGGCAGCGGGAGCCGAGGGGAUCUGUUGGUUUCUCUGUGCUACAACCCCACCGCCAACACUAUCACUGUGAGCAUCGUCAAAGCCCGCAACCUCAAAGCCAUGGACAUCGGAGGCACUUCUGACCCCUACGUGAAGGUGUGGUUGAUGCACAAGGACAAGCGUGUGGAGAAGAAGAAGACGGUGGUAAUGAAGCGUUGCCUAAACCCUGUUUUCAACGAGUCCUUUCCCUUCGACGUGCCUGCCCACGUGCUGAGGGAGACCACCAUAAUUAUCACCGUCAUGGACAAGGACAGGCUCAGUCGCAAUGAUGUCAUUGGAAAGAUUUAUCUCUCCUGGAAGAGCGGCCCCGCGGAGGUAAAACACUGGAAAGACAUGAUGGGUCGUCCUCGCACCGCCGUGGCCCAGUGGCACGCACUCAAGGCCUGAGGGAGCGACCGGACCACGUGACCCCCCCCACCCCCGCGCCCAUCAACCCCCCCCCUGCCCUCAGCGCACUUCUCCUGGGCUGCAGACAGUGUGCGUCACCUCUUUGUUCUCAGGCCUCUUUUACUCCCUUAAAUUUCACCCCCUUGUCAAGUUGUGAUAUCGACUUGACCGCUCACUUGACCUCUCGUUCCUGUGAUCUUUAAAUGUAUUUGAUGUCCACUCGCUUCCGCCUUGUCUUUUUAUGAGGUCUUUUUUUUUUUUUUUUUUAAAGUUCGCAAUACCGCGGUGUCUUUCUUGUCAACCACUCCCAGUGUUAAACAGUACCUCUUGCCACAUAAGAAUACAAACUUUCGACCAAACUAAAA